AUGAGCCACGCGGCGGAGCCCAACUCGCAGACGCGCCUGCGGCAGCGCCAAAAUGUGAAGCCGAUUUUUCAUCCCGAGCUGAGGCACACGCAGGAGGUCAUCCGGCGACCCGACUGGGUGCGGCGGGCCGGGGAGGCAGUCGCCCACCGCGGCUCCAUCGGGAUUGUCGGCCUCUUAGCCCUGAUGUUCGCCAACUGCUUCGGCGGCGGCUACGGCUUCGAGGACACCGUCGGAGCGGCGGGCCCGCUGGUGACGCUGGUGGUGUGCCUCAUCCUGCCCUGGGUCUGGUCUCUGCCGACGGGGCUGGCGGUGGCGGAGCUCUCCACCGCCGUGCCAAGCAACUCCGGCAUCCUCAUGUGGGUCAACGCCGCCUUUCCGGCGUCGGUCUCGUUCAUGUGCAUCAUCUCAACCGUCUUCAUCACCUUUGUGGGCAAUGCGACGUACCCCAGCCUCACCUCGGAGUACGUGACGGCGCUGCUGCCGCUGAACAAGGGUGGCGAGAUUGGGGUGAAGAUUGGGGUGAUUUUACUCUGCUGCAUUCUCAACUGCGCCGGCGUCGAGAUUGUCGGCUCGGCCUGCGUGGUUGUGUGCGUGAUCGCGAUGCUGCCGUUUCUGAUCUUGUCGUUCCAGCAAAUCUUCACGCACGGCCUCGACGGUAAGGCCAUUUCACACGUGGAUUUGCCCGGAAUCAACUGGCCUUCCUUCCUCAGCAUGGUGACGUGGAACUACGCGAACAUUGAGAAUGCGGGGGCGAUGGUGGAGGAGGUGUCGAACCCGCGCGUGACCUUCCCGCGGAUGAUGGUGCCGCUCAUGUUCUCCUCCUACAUUGCCUACCUCCUCCCCAUGCUGGCCGGCGUCAGCGCGCUGGGGCCGCAGCAGAACUGGUCGGAGUGGCAGGCAGGGCGCUGGCCGCAGAUCGCCCACCUCGUCUCUGGCGAUUGGCUCAAGUACUACCUGUUUGCCGGGGCCAUCGUGAGUGGGCUGGGCUUCACGCUGACCUCGAUGUGUUGCACCAGCCGGCUGCUGGCGGGCAUGGGCACAAUGCAGAUGUUUCCCAAGAAACUCUCACGCAUCAUUGGGUACUACCACCCCACCAUCGGCACCCCGAUACCGGCCAUUCUGCUCAACUCGACGGUGACGAUGGCCUUCUGCAUAUCCAUGGACUUUGGGGAUGUGGUGGCCAUGUGCCAGUCCCUCUACUGCCUGCGCAUGCUGCUCAUCUACGCCUCACUCAUUAAACUGCGCAUCGACCACCCAAAUCUGCCGCGGCCCUACGCCCUGCCGUGCAACACGGUCGCCGCCGCAUUGUGCCUCGCGCCGUCGGCCCUCUUUUGCGUCGUCGCCGCCGUCGUUUCCGCGAUGGUGUCACUCCCGAUUGGGCUGGCGCUGGUCGGUUUCCUCGCCGUGGGGAGUGGCGGGUCGUACCUGUACUGCCGCUACGUCGCCCGCAACGGCUUCCAGGGCGUGAUCGUGCACUGUGAGAUCUCCGACGACGACGAGAACCCCGCCGACGACUACGGGCCGGGGCCCGGGAUUAACCGGGGCGUCUUCUACAACGACGGUCACACCGAGCAACCCGGGGAGCUGCUUCUGGGCCUCUUCCCCACCAGCCCGCCGCCGCCGCCCGAGGGGGACGACGACGCGGCGGCGAUGACAAACUUCCGCGGAGAGCCAGUGGAGAAGGACGUCCAGUGCAGCUUUGGUUGCUCGCCCGCGGGGGAGGCAGCGAGCCCGUUUGGUACGCACCGCGAGACACCCGACGCUUACGGGCUUUUAGGUGAUGCCGGCAACGGGGAUGAGAGGUGGCCGACCCACCCGGACGGUGGCAGGCGGGGGUUUGCGAGCUAG